GUUCUGUUUUCGGUUAAACUCUCUCUCUCCUCUCCUCUGUCUGCUCUCUCUCUCUAGAAAAUGAGACUUCAUCUUCAUCAUCAUCAUCAUCAUCAACUCCUAACACUGACCCAUCAAUCUCCAUACAAAUCCAUGCCUAUUUCAAUGGCUCUUUCUCUCCCUCCCAUCAAUCCCAUCUCAAAAUUUCCCUUCUCUCACUCUCUCUCCGCUUCUCGUGCAGUCCUCACCGGACCCAACUCUCAGCUUCAUCUCCGCGCCGCCCGCUCUCGCCUCAUCUGCAACGUGAAUCGCUCAGAUAUGAUAUCGCAGCUGGAACUUGGGAAGCGAGAAGAGAAGAGGAAGCCAGAGAAGCGUGUAAAUGGGAUAUUCUGGAUCCUACUACUAAAUCUUGGAAUAUUUGCGGCUGAUCACUUGUUUCAGGUUCGGAGUAUCAAAGCCUUGUAUUUGUACCAUAAUUGGCCUGCCUGGUACCAGUUUGUGACAGCGACAUUCUGUCAUGCUAAUUGGAACCAUCUCUCAAGCAACCUCUUCUUCUUGUAUAUUUUUGGAAAGCUUGUCGAAGAGGAAGAAGGGAACUUUGCAUUGUGGCUUUCUUAUAUCUUAACGGGUGCUGGAGCAAAUCUUGUUUCUUGGUUGGUUCUCCCAAGAAAUGCUGUUUCUGUUGGAGCAUCAGGUGCUGUAUUCGGACUCUUUGCAAUUAGUGUCCUUGUGAAGAUGUCUUGGGACUGGAGGAAGAUCCUUGAAGUGCUCAUAUUGGGUCAAUUUGUUGUAGAGAAGGUGAUGGAAGCAGCCCAAGCUUCAACAGGGUUGUCGGGCAGUUUCCGUGGAGGCUACGCCUUGCAGAAUGUUAAUCACAUAGCACACCUCUCCGGAGCAUUGAUAGGCGUAGCUCUGGUAUGGCUGCUGAGCAGAGUUCCUUCUCAACCUCCAGACCACGAUGCAUCGAUUAUGAAGAAGAAAACAGACUGAACUUGAAAAUUUGAGCACAGCUACUCUAUCCAUUCAUGAGAUGAAUUUCUGUAAAAGGUUGCAUAAUUAUCUGCUUUUUUUUUUUUUUUUUUUUUAUUUGUGUAAUAUGUUACAAUCUUUCAGCCCACUUCUUUGUAAACAUGCCAAAAUUGAAAAUUAAAUACAUUGAGGCACGUUUGGCAUU